AUGGGAAAUUGCUUGCAGAGAGGCCAUGGAAGGCGGGAGGAAGAGGCGAAGCAACAGCAACAAGAAGAGAGAACAAAAGGGCUUGAGAAAGAGAGUGUGGAUUUUGUCAAAGGCGGCGGCAGCGGCAGCGGUGGUGGUGGUUUGAAGGUGAAGAUAGUUCUGACGAAGGAGGAGUUGCAGUGGUUAAUGAUUCAGCUGAAAAGCAAUAAAGGGAAAAAAUUAGAAGACGUUUUGGCUGAAAUCGGGAAAGAAAGAUCAGGGAAAGUUGAACCUUGGAAACCUUCUUUGGAAAGCAUAAUGGAGGGCCCUGAAGCUCUUGAGAUGGAUAAAUGA